CCGACUAUACACGGAUUCCUCUCUAUUGAAUACUAUGCAGUAAUGACAUAUAAAUUUCUUCCUCAAUAAUAACACCUGGCUUAUCAUGUUCAUCGAUUUUUUAUGUUGUAGUUUAAAGUAUCAUAGCACUUUGUCCAUACCCUAAGGAAAAACCCCGAGGACUUUCUUAUCCAAAGGAUAUCCAAAAAACAUUAAAACAUUAGAGAUUUCUGGAUAUGAAAAUUGCAGAGAAAAGGCGAUGAUUCCUGAUUUACCGGUCACGUGGCUACUCAGUAGAGGAGAUGGAUUAAGGGGUGUUAAAUCGCCGAUAUAAUUAUUGGACAUAUUUAAAAGCUGUGCAUUCAUUCAUUAGAUCUGCACCGUUUCGGGUAACCAUUGAUUGCAAGGGGAGUUUUAAUCAUACAUUCACAUUUAAGAGCACAUUGGAAACGGGUCCCUCUGACGUUUUCGGAUGAAAUCAUGGCGAUGGUAACACAUAAUGGACAAACGAUCGGGAUAACGGAGUACGUAUCUCUUAUUAUUGAAGCAGCGAGGAAAAUUAUCGAGAAAGAACAACGAGAAAAAGGAAUUUUAGAUAAAAGUGGAAUGUCUCUUGCCAGCGCGGACGCCCAGGAAGACAGGUUGGCCAGCAGCGAAUCAGAAUUCCCAAAAGAAAUGGAGGAAGCUUCGACAAACUCUCUAGACACAAAUUCAGUGAAAUUACGUUUACCCGAUGGAACUCUGCAGUCGGUGGAAGAUUACAUCAUCGGAAUUAUAAAAGACGCCAGUGAUCAGAUCGAAAAAGAACGCCAGAAUGCGAGUAUAAGAGCAGACGACACCCUUGAUAAAUCAGCUGUUGGUGCUAACUUGCAGACGCCUUCUGAGACUGAACCCAUCAGUAAUACAUGUGAAAAAGACUCAACACCAAAGGCAGCUAAACCCAAAGUAUCAAGUCCAAAGCAAGGACCUGUUUCAAAAGUUCUCAAUAGGAUCUUCAAGAGAGGUAAAACAAAGGAAAAGGAGAAGCCAAAUGAAGGAAUUAUCAAUGGAUUUGACGAUUCUCUCACAUCAGAGAGAGCCAAAGAAGAAGAAAAUACCCCCUCAAAACCUGAAGAAAAGUCCCCCUUCAAACCUGAACCAAGUUCUCCAAACAGUGUUCACAAUGAAGAAAUCACUGUUCACACAGAGAACCACGAAUCUCCCAGCAAAGACAAUAAACAAGAAAUUCCCAAAGGAAAAGUCAAAGUCCAAAAGAAAAACUCCCUCAGGAAAAUGUUGUCCUGUUUCUCUUCCAAGGCAGCUCAAGCAGACUGAUCU